AUGACGCAGCGCGUGCGUGUGAGCGCCGUCACGCUGCUGCUGGGCGACGAGGCGCGCGAGCUGCUGCUGUACGCGGGUCUGCCGCUGCCGGAGCUGCUGCGGUGCGUCGCCUCGGGCUUCCAGCGGACAGGCAACCCAGCGACGCCCGUGGCGCUGCGCCACGCCUCCACGGGCGUCUUCUACCCGCUGUCGCUGCUCUGCCGCUCGCCGGAGCUGUUCGAGCACGCGCCCUACCACCUCCGCGCGGCAGCACGCGCGCGCUCGACGCCCGACAGACGCGAGUACCAGGCGGGGGCCACGACCUCCGACGCGAACGAAGAGGACGAGGACGCUGGCGCCUUCUGGGCGGAGCAGGAGAAGGAGGAGGAGAAGGAAGAAGAGGAAGAGAAGGAGCACGAGGCCGAGGCCCUGGAGAUGGACCUCACGGACUUCGAGCUGCCGCAGCUGGUCAACGUGUUCGUGCAGGCCUGUCCGACGGGCGCGCUGGACCGCAUCACGUUCAACCGCUGCCUCGAGAAGAUCCUGUCGCAGUCGGGCCGCUACGACCCGCAGGCGCGCAAGAUGUUCACGCGGCUCUUCAACAUCUUCGAGCGGCGCAGCGCGCGCAAGGACAUCGUGGACGUGGCGGACUUCCUGGGCGGCGUCUCGGUCUUCGCGAGCGGCGAGCGGGACGAGAAGAUCCAGCUCACGUUCGAGCUCUACGACAUGGACGGAGACGGCUUCAUCUCGAAGGAAGAGAUGACCAAGUACCUCACGGCGGUCUUCCUCGUCAUCGGCGAGUCCUCGCCGGAGCUCUUCCAGCAGAACCAGUAUCUGGGCAUCGUGACGGCGGGUCAGUGCUUCGCCGAGUCCAAACUCAACAGGGAGGGCAACUUGUCGUACGACGCGUUCCGAGAAUGGUACUCGAAGCCGGGGCCCACGCAGCUCCCAUCAGAGGGCCUGGACUUGGCCACCUUGCGCGAAGUAACAGGUCUGUCAGCGCUGAGUGCGUCUGAUCUUUUCUCCAUCUUCAGCGCUUCCUCAUCGACCAGUAACGGGGGCAAGAAAGAAGUGCUCACCCGCGCCGAAUUCAAGCGAUGUUUCUAUGCCAUUCUAGAGAGGUUGAACCGGGAACCCACCCGUGAGAUUGCAAAGUUCCUCGAUCGGCUGUUCGACGCGUUCGACGAAGACGAAAGUGACUCCGUGGACUUCAUGGAGCUGAGCAGUGGGCUGUCGGUGCUGUGCGGCGGCGCAAAUGAGGACAAGGUGAUGGCGGCCUUUUCGCUUUUCGACACGGACGGUGAUGGGUACAUCACACAGCAGGAGAUGGAAACGUAUCUGGCGUCCGUCUUCAACGUCAUGUAUGAGACGACGCCGGCAACACGGCGAUCAAUUGGAAUCGACGCAAAGGCUCUCGCUCAUUACACGACGAUGCAAGCUUUCCAGGAGGCGGACGUGAACCGCAAUGGAAAGCUCUCGCUGGAAGAGUUCCGGGCGUGGUACUGGGUCACUGGACGGCAUUACCAGCAGCCCACGACAGAUCCACGAGCGGGUGUUCAGCGACAGCCGAACAACACUCAGGGCUUUGGAACAACAAAUUUCGUCGCAUCCCUCACAGGUCUGCGGGACCGCGCUCCAAGCGAUGUAUUCGAAAUCAUCGCGGCGAAAGUGAACGAAGACGGCGUCCUGUCACGGGAAGCAUUCUUUUCUAUUGUCGAUGAGCUCGUUGAAGAGCAUGCUGCUAAUACCAAUCACGAACUGAGUGUUGAGGAAAAGAAUCAGCUUCAGCAAAUCAUGGAAAAUGUGUUCGACGGAUUCGACACGGAUCACGACGGCUUCGUUGACUUCUGCGAGUUAUCCAGUGGUAUAUCGGUGCUAUGCAGCGGGUCGCAGCAGGAGAAAGUCAAAUCCGCGUUUACUCUGUUUGAUAUCAACCAAGACGGGUUUAUCUCGCGCGACGAAAUGGAAACGUACCUGGCGUCAGUGUACCGGAUUGUGUUCAUGACCUCUCCAGCUACGAUGCAGCACCUCCACGGUAUUUCGCCGGAAGAGCUUGCUCGCAUUACCACGACAGAUGCGUUCACGCUAGCGGAUACGAACCAGGACGACCGCCUCAGUUUCGAGGAGUUUACGAAAUGGUACAGCACUCAAAAUGCGCCUCAGAUGCCUGCGCAGCCACCGCAACAGCCCGCAGUUGGUACGUCCUCAUCGAUAAAUGGCACGCCUUCAUCCCCGCGAGUAUCUUCGCUGUCUUCAAAGGGGGUACUCAGUGAGAUGAAGGAGCUGACUAACCUCAGCUCGUACGACGUGAACGACAUUUUCGAGUUCUUUCAAGCUUCCGCAGAUCGUGAGGGCAACGUAUCGCAGCCAGUGUUCUUUCGUUGCUUCAACAAGCUUCUAGCAAAAGAUGGACGCAUCAGCCGUGACACGCAGAUGAAGACGCAGCAGCUAUUGAAGGAGCUUUUCGAGUUGUUUGACGCCAACAGAAAUGGAGUUGUGGACGUGCAGGAGCUCGGCGCAGGACUUUCAAUUCUUUGCGGAGGUAGUCGGGCUGACAAGGCUAAAUCGAUGUUUACCCUUUACGACGUCAACCAUGACGGCUAUAUUUCCCCGGAGGAGAUGACGUCGUACCUGACUUCUGUCUUCAAGGUGAUGUUUAAGGCCUCUCCGGAGCUACCCGCCAAAACAAGGAUGACGCCGGAACAGCUAGCGAAAACCACGACAAGAGAAUGCUUCCGCGCCUUCGACCACAACCGUGACGGCCAGUUGAGUUUCGACGAGUUUCGAGUUUGGUUUGAGCAGCAAAAUCCGCAUGCUCAGCGCUUGCAAGCUCAAACUUCGAACGUUGCUAAGAAACUGUCAGGUCUCGAAGGAAUGUCCCUGGAUGCGGUGUCCGAGCUCUUUUCCAGGGCUACUGGUGGCGGUAAACGGAUCUCGCGAUGUAUUUUUGACGAAUGCUUCUACAAGCAUAUAUGCAGCAAAAUUACGCCGUCACUAUCUGUGGAUGAUGAUGCUCGCGUGCAUGAAGUGCUUGAUCGGUUGUUCACCGCAUUUGACACCGAACAGAAGGGUAUAGUCGACUUUAACGAGCUGAUCAGUGGACUCUCCAUUCUCUGCGGUGCUUCGACUCGGGACGAGAAGGUUCUCGCUGCAUUCAAGGUGUACGAUACAAAUGGUGACGGUGUCAUAUCAGAGGACGAAAUGACUCACUACCUUGGAUCGGUGUUCAAGCUGCUUUAUGCACUCGACCCGACGCGCCAGCAGCAAUUGGGUAUUUCAGCAGAGACUCUGGCUGCAGCUACAGCAAGCGAGAUUUUCGAGGUCGCGGACGUCAACCAUGAUGGGAAGCUGACUUUCGACGAGUUUCAGAAAUGGUACUCGAGGCCAGAGCAGGCAUCCUUCAACGACAUUGUGGCCCCUCUGGACAUGAAUGAGGUCCGGCAACUGACCAACUUAGGCAACCUGGAUGUGGUGGAGGUUUUCGAGCGCUUUGCGGAGCAUGCCGAUGAGGACGGCAUGCUUAACCGAGAAUCAUUCGACAAGUGCUUCUUCGAGAUCAUUGAGAUGGCGCACCCGCGCACUCAAAUCGAAAAAUUGCGAGCGAAGAUGGUGGCAGAUCGUCUCUACGACGUCUUUGACCGCGACGGCAACGGCCAGAUCGACUUCAGCGAGCUCGCUAGUGGGCUAUCCGUGCUAUGCAAGGGUGCGCGAGAUGCGAAGGUGAAGGCAGCAUUCCGUUUGUAUGAUUUCAACGCCGACGGAUUCAUUUCACUCGACGAGAUGAAGCGCUACCUGACGUCCAUCUUCAGGGUCUUGUACGAAGUGCAGCCUGAAAUGCGGCAGGAAACGGGCGUCUCGCCUGAGGAGCUGGGAGUAGUCACUGCUGAACAAGCAUUUCUGGAAGCUGAUUCCAACCAUGACGGCAAGUUGAGCUACGAUGAGUUUUUGACGUGGUACAAUUCUCCCGCCCAGGCAGGAAUCAGCAGUGCCGUGGCAAAGAACGCCAUCGUGGACUCCUCGCUGCACUGGAUGCCACUGAACGAGAUCAAACAAUUAACGAAUCUGGCUCAAUACGAGCCGGAGGAGGUCUUCGAGAUUUUUGCUGGUGAAGCGGAUGAAAAUGGGCUCUUGUCACGGGAUGCUUUCAACGAAAGCUUUCGUAAAGUGAUCGCUGGUCAAAAGGCAAAGGGGGCCAGAGCAACCAGUCCUGAAACGCAAAAGAAGCUGCAAGAAGUCAUUGAUGGACUCUUCGAUCUUUUCGACAGAGAUAACAGUGGCGCUGUGGACUUUGGAGAGUUGGCCAGUGGUUUGUCUGUGCUAUGCGGCGGCACGAAGGACCAGAAGGUGGAGGCGGCGUUUUCGCUGUUCGACUUUAAUGGCGAUGGCUUUAUCUCGCUGGAUGAGAUGACUCGCUACUUAACAUCAGUAUUCCGUGUGCUUUUCCAAGUGUCACCCGACACUCAGUCGCUAGGUGUGACUCCUGAAGAGCUGGGAGAGGUCACCGCGCAGCAAGCAUUUGCAGAGGCUGACCAAGACCACGAUGGGCAGUUGACACUGAAAGAGUUCCAGCACUGGUAUCAGCAACCGGGUGGAAUUGGCGAGGUUGCCAAGAAUGGGGAGCAGUUGUUCAGCCUAGCAGAAGCUCGGCGACUGACAAACCUGCAAGCAUUCUCACCCAUGGAAGUCUUCGAAACCCUAGCAGAGUGCGCCGACGAGCAAGGCUAUGUGUCGCGGGAGGCGUUCGAUAACUGCUUCCGGAAGAUCAUUUCGACAAACCAAGGUAUCAAGUCAGAGGAGUACCAGCGAAUCAACCCGAUCCUCAACCGUCUUUUCGAGCUUUUCGACGUUGACAAGAACGGCAUGGUUGACUUUAGUGAAAUCUCGAGCGGGUUGUCUGUGUUCUGUGGUGGGUCGUCCGAAGAAAAGAUUCGCGCCGCUUUCGCGUUGUAUGACUACAAUGCUGACGGCUACAUCUCAAUGGAGGAGAUGACGCGGUACCUGACGUCGGUUUUCAGAGUGCUGAAGGAGGCAUCUCCCUCCGCACUACCGCAAAUCGAUCAGGAGUCUCCAGAGGAGCUUGGUGUGCGUACAGCUGAGCAAGCAUUCGCUGAAGCUGACCUGGACAAUGACGGUCGUUUGAGCUUCCCUGAGUUCCGCAAGUGGUACACUCGGUCUAGCGCCGCUAACAUGGAGCGACUCAUUCAGAACAACAUUCCAGAGUGGUUAUCGCUGCGCGAGGUGCGCCGCCUAACCAACUUGGGUUCCUUCUCGGCUCAGCAGGUGCUGAACACGUUUGCUAAGUUCACAUCCGCGGACGGCACCAUGGACAAAGAAACCUUUCGGCAAGCGUUUGGGCACUUCCAAGUCGAAUCUGCGACUGAGCAAGCAGAAGACCGACUCCAAAUGCUAGUGGACCGGAUCUUUGAACUGUUCGACAAGGAUAAUAACGGGCUGGUUGACUUCAACGAGCUCGCUAGCGGGCUGUCCGUACUUUGCGGUGGAAGUCAGACAGACAAGGUGCGCGCUGCAUUCAACUUGUACGACGUGAACCACGACGGCUACAUUUCUCUGGGCGAAAUGCGCCUCUACUUGACGUCGGUCUUCAAAGUACUUUUCGAAGUGAAUCCUGAUAGUGAAGCGCGAAUGGGCGUGACACCGGAGGAACUGGGCGAAAUUACCGCGGAACAGGCUUUUGUUGAAGCCGACCUGGACAAGGACGGCAGACUUUCCUUUUCGGAAUUCAGCGAGUGGUAUAUGCAGCCUAAGAAGGUGGGUGAUUUACCGAUGCCGGCGGUGCUUGGGGAACCUGAGGAGCAGCAACAGCAAGAACGGUCGCAGCGGCAACAGGGGAAACAGCAGCAGCGAAUUCCCGACUGGGUGAGUCUUGAUGUGGUGAAGCAGAUGACAAAUUUGGAGAAGUACACGGCCGAUGAAGUGUUCGAGAUCUUCGCAAACCGCUGCUCUGAGGAUGGAACUUUAUCACGCGAGGCAUUUGAAGAGUGCUUCGAGCAGCUGGUGGACGAGCAGUACAAGAACGACGAAGCCAACUUGACUCGACUCCGCCUUAUCCUGAACCGGUUAUUCGUGAUUUUCGACGAGGACCACAACGGGACUGUUGAUUUCUGCGAGCUGUGCAGUGGACUGUCAGUUCUCUGCGGCGGUUCUCGCGAGGAAAAGGUGCGAGCAGCGUUUUCGCUCUACGACCUUAACCAAGACGGGUUUAUAUCACUGGAUGAGAUGGUGCGAUAUCUGGCAAGUGUCUUUAAAGUACUGUAUGAGACCAGCCCCGGCACAGACGAGAAGCUGGGCGUGCAACCAGAAGAGCUGGCUACAAUUACCGCUGAACAGUGUUUCUUGGAGGCUGACCUCAACGAGGAUGGAAAACUGAGCUUCGACGCGUUUGUGAUUUGGUACUCCAAGUCGGCGGGGUUUGAGGCGCCUGCAGCUGGCGUGGGCACCACCAUCCUAGCUCAAAAUGGACGACAAGGAGUGAAUGGAAAUGUGAGUGAGAGUCGCAGUGGUGGUUCUGUUCACCAACAAAGCAGCAAAGGAGGCAGCCAGCACAGUGGAUCUCCUGCGCCCGCCCCCGAGUCGCCAAGGAAAACAAUGUGGGGUGCUGGGAAGGGCCCCAACACCAACGCCAGCACUGCUCCUGUGAGCUUCCCGUCCGACAAGAUCUACGGCAUGACGGGGUCCAAUGGCGACGCGCUGCUCUCGCCAAACUCAGCCUCAGCUCUAAAUAUGAACAGCUCUAACAUGGAGCACGUGCGGCAGCUGCUGAAGCUCGACACAUACGAAGUCAACGAUGUGCUCGAGAUAUUCGCCGAGGCUGCGCCCUCCGGUGAGCUCACCUUCGCGGCCUUCAAGAAGUGUUUCGACCAGAUCAUUCGGCUGGCUGGUGGGCACGAUUCGCCGGAAGAGCGACAAGAGGCUGACGUGAUGAUUCGCCGGCUUUUCCGCGUCUUUGACACAGACAACAGCAACACAGUCGACUUCGGCGAGCUUGCGAGUGGUCUGUCGGUGCUCUCCGGGUCGAGCAUGGACGACAAGGUGCGCGCUGCCUUCCAGCUCUAUGAUAUCAAUGGAGACGGGUACAUCACACAAGAAGAGAUGAUCAGCUACAUGACGUCAAUCUUCAAAGUGAUGUACGAGACGACGGACAGCACGAAGACCAAGAUGGGCGUCUCACCGGAAGAGCUUGCUCGCGCCACAGCAGAACAGUGCUUCAAGGAGGCCGACCUAAACGGUGACAACAAGCUCAGCUUCGAAGAAUUCAAGAAGUGGUGCACUUCAGGAAUUUGA